CUGGCUGAUUUGUGUCACUCUACCGAGCAUUUAUUAGCAAGGCAAAAGGAAUUCUCCAUUUACAGACACUUGCUAGGCAGGCAAAAUUAGAAGAACAGAAAUUCCAAGUACCCAAUACCAAGAUGAGCGAGCAUCCAGUGCCCUCCAAGCCCACCUCCGACAGGACGAUACCGCUGGGCAGGUCCUUCUUCGAUGUGCUAUGGCCGUUGAUCCUGGACGAGAACGUCUGUCGCAUCGAGAGCAAGGCGGAGGAGAACUUUGUGCCCAAGGAGCCCUUCAAUCGACUGGAGUGGCACACCUAUCUGGCCCAGGUGGGCUAUCCCUUGUACAUGCCACCCCAUGAAUUGCGAUGCUGUGAAGGAGCCCGGCGGCAGGAGGUGGAGCAGGAGGAGGCGGAAAAGGCCUUGAAUAAGGAGGUGGAGGAGCGAAAAGGUCCCGCCGAAGGCGACUUCCUAUGCCGCGGAUCCCAGGCCAUUCGCCCCAUCGACAAGGAGGUAGUGCACCUGAGAAAGGAGCACGAACGGCGGCAGAAGCUGGCCUACGACUUUGCCAACCGGCGAUAUCCCUGGACCAUGCAGACGCCUAGCCACGAACUGGGUUUCACCCUCACCGAGGAGCUGAAGAAGUGCUUCAAGGGACCCUUGGAACUGGACAUAUUGAACGCCAUUCACGACCACGACUGCAAGCUAAUGAUUAUCGAUAUGGGCCACGAAGUGGACGUUAAGGACUGCCAGCGCUGGAUCAAGUUCCGUCCCUAUAUCCAGUUGCUAGCCCUGGUGAGGACACCUCGCAUGGAUCGAUCCCUGAAACUGCUCAAUGUCUUCCACACGCUCCUGGUGGAGGAGUCGGCUGAGAACUCCUGGGACGAUGAGCUGCAGUGCUCCGUUCGCACUGGCUAUACACAUGCCCAGAAAAUGCAGCUGCUCAAGACCUGCGGGGAGCCUCUUGUCUUUGUUUUUAGUCGAUUCCGCGGCAUCUGCACCUGCGAUAACUUUAAGAUAAUCCGCAGGGACUAGAUGUGGUCUUUCGCGUAUUGAAUGCCCCUAGCUACCAAAUUAUCUUUAAAACUUAAAAAAAUUAAACUUUACUUCAAUCAGAAGUAAUUUAAAAUUCAUAAUUAUAACUAUAAAAUUGUAUAAAAAUAAAUCAUAAGUUGUAAGCACUGUCACUUAUUAAGCAGUAUAUACAUUUAUAAAAUA